AAUGCAGACAGUAAUGGAGAGCGUUACACAACAACAAGAAGUAAAUAACUUUCUCAUUACUCGUAAUGAGUACAGUUAUUUGCAAAAAUUAGUACUUGUUCAAAUACUAACGUUCAACGCACGUCGUGGAGGAAAGCCAACGAAGUUAACACUUGAUCACUGGAUCAAUAGAGAUAAAUGGAAGCGUCAAGAAGACAUUGACAAUCUUGAAAAUGCAACAGAGAAAGUACUUGCCGAGAGAUUGAAGGUUGUGUACACAAAAGGUAAGAGAAAGAAAAGAGUACUCACAUUAUUUACGCUAGUGGUUCAGGAAUGCAUUAAUGUAUUGGUAAUGGCACGUUCGCAAGUUGGAAUAGGUGAUACCAAUCAAUACUUGUUUCCUUGGGUAUUCAAAAAAUCCGAAAAUCACGUGCGUGGGUGGGAUGUGGUCAACAGUAUCGCAGCAAAGGCUCACUUAAAAAACCCAAAGCUUAUAACCUCCACCAAAAUUCGAAAACAGAUGGCUACUGUUCUGCAACUUUUGGACAUGACACCUGAUGAAUUAGAAUGUGUAACUGAACAUCUUGGGCACACAGCAGAUGUUCAGAAGACGUGGUAUCGGCAGAAGGUGUCCACCAUCGAGUUGACAAAAGUUGUCACUCUACUAAUGGCUAAGGAUAAAGGAGUAAACUUUAAAAAUAAACGAAUGAAAGAUCUCGGCGCAGAAGCAUCAGACAUAGAAUCACAAGAACUUGAAAAUCCCUCAACAAAUGUGAAUGAAAAUAUGUUAAGUGAAGUUGACGAGACAGAAGCUCCAAGCGCACCUACUGCUGUUACUGAAGAAAGUAGAAAUGGUACACAGAGAUUACGCGAAAAGAUUAACGAAAUAACAAAAUACCUUCAAGAUGAACAGGAAUGUGACAUUGAUGAACUUAAAAGAUUGAAGAAGCAUCUAGAAAAAAGACACGCUCAAUUCGAGAAGGACAUUGCUAAUUUCGAAACGGCUGUGGAGGAGACAGAAGAAAAAUCUGUAAAAAAACGGAAUAUGAUGCUCGAAGCAGAAGACAUCUUGGAAGACGUGGAGCAUCUCAUCGGCGUGAAGAAACAACGACAGCUUGAGCGUAAAAAGGAGCGUGAAGCCGAAGAGAAACGACUGCAGCGUGAAGCCGAAGAGAAACGACUGGAACGUGAAGUCGCAGAGAAACGACUGGAACGUGCAGCUGAGGAGAAACGAAUGGAACGUGCAGCUGAGGAGAAACGACUGAAACGUGCAGCCGAGGAGAAAAGAUUGAAGCGUGAAGCAGAGGAGAAAAGACUAGAACGUGAAGCUGAAGAGAAAAGACUAGAACGUGAAGCUGAAGAGAAACGACUGCAGCGUGAUGCCGAGAAGAAACGACUGGAACGUGCAGCCGAGGAGAAACGACUGGAACGUGCAGCCGAGUAUAAAAGACUGGAACGUGAAGCCGAGGCGAAAAGACUGGUACGUGAAGCAGAGGAGAAAAGACUCGAGUGCGAAGUUGUUGCUGAGGAGAAAAGAUGGGAAGCUGAUGAGCGUGAAAGGGAACGGAUAUACAAGUUGGAAAUGGAGAAAGAAAAAUUGCGAAGUGAAGAAAGGAUGUUGCAGAUGAAAUUGGAAAUGGAAAGGGAUUCCGAGAAGGCACAAGCCGUAGUUAAUUUGAAAGAUAUGGAGAACCAGCAAUCAUAUAAAAUGACGUUGCCAGAACAUGAUUUUUAUCCAACACCAAAGGUACCUACGGUUCGUCUACCCAAGCUGGAACUUCAAAGAUUUGGAGGUCAACCCAUCGACAAGUUCAACUAUUUGAGAGCAGAGCUGGAGAACGAAGCGUUAAGGGUAAUUGACGGCCUGGAACUGACCAAUGCGAAUUACGAGGUGGCACUUGGUAUCCUACACGAACGAUUUGGAAACAAGCAGUUGAUAAUCAAUAACCACUACACGCAACUAAUGGAUUCGCAGCCGGCCUCCAACAAGACGACCUCAUUACGAGCAACGUACGACAAGAUAGAAAAACAUUUACGAUCGCUAAACUCGUUAGGAGAAGAUACCAACACAAGAUCAACAAUAUCCCUAAUUCGUAUGAAACUACCGAGGGUGGUGAUUGCACGGCUAGAACAGAAAAGGGGAGAAGAAGAGGAAUGGACAGUGGAAACAUUGAGGAAAGUUUUAAAGAGAUACAUCACAGCACAAGAAGUAGCAGACAACCAAUAUGAAAUCAAUCCACGCAAAGAUUGA